AUAUGUAUGGCUUUAUAAAUGGAUUCAAUCCAGUAUGUCCCAAUUGGACUGAACUGGAGUAGAACUAGCUCCAGCGGCUUCACGUCAUUCUUCACUAAUCCAGGUACAAAGUGAGAUCGUUUAUUACAGCUCUUCUUAAGUAUAUUUUAUCAUAGUUAACAUGGUGGCAGCGGUGAUAAAACCCAACCAUUAUUGAUUUCUUGAAGAAUAUAUGAUAAUAGAUGAAAAAGUGAAGUUUCUUUUAAUCUGUGCGAGUUUUAAAAAGUCUGUUUUUCGUGGUUGAAAUACACGGCAAGCCUACAAGUGUGAACAAAAUAUAAACUAUUUAAAAGGCUAAAAAAUUGUAGGCCUAUGCCUAGUUUGUGAGAUUUUUCUAAGAGUAGGUCUAAUACUACCAAGCCUAAAAUAUCGGCUUAGUUUAUUUAGGACAAGUUGAUUUGGUAAAUAUUUAACUUCUUUUUAUGCAUUUAAGCUACAUUUAUUUGUUUGAAUUUUUAAAAUGCCUAAAGGAUCUCAGACGGCUGGUUCUGAGGAUGAACUUGUAAAGCCUAGUACGUUGGUAAAUUUAACUAUGAAUUUGCCUCCACCAUCAUCUAUGGAAAUAAAGGGUGAUGUCCUAGACAAUUGGAAGUUUUUCAAACUUCAAUUCGAAAACUAUUCAAUAGCCACUGGGCUGAAUGAUAAAGAUGAAGAAGUUAAAGUAGCAACGUUUCUGUCUGUAAUAGGCAAGGACUGCCUUAAAAUCUACACUAGUUUAGAUCUAGGCGAUGAUGACAGCACAGAAGAUAAAUUGAAGACUAUAAUAGCAGGCUUUGAUAAAUAUUUUCAACCGGAAAAAAAUGUUAUUUAUGAGCGAUAUGUGUUUGGGUCAGCUAAUCAGUUACCGAAUGAGAAGAUAGAACAGUACGUAUGCCGGUUGAGACAGUUAAGCACGACUUGUGAUUAUUCAGCUCUAGAAUCUGAAAUGAUUCGAGAUAAGUUAGUUUUAGGUGUUUCAGAUCUAAGUCUCCGCAAGAAACUUCUGUCGGAUAGCAAACUAACCUUGUCUGCGGCCAUUGAUAUAUGCAGGGCUCACGAGGCUACUGAUAACCAGUUGAAGCAUAUCAGUAAAAAUGAAGGUGCAUGUGAACAGCAACAGGAGGUAAACAAGGUUUUUAUGAAGGAAAGAAAACAUCAGAGCCAAGGUAGGCCAACACAUUUCCCUAGUUUUAGAAAUAGGAGAACUUGUCUUUUUUGUGGGAACAAUCAUGAAAUGAUAAGAGAUAAAUGUCCAGCUUAUGGAAAAACUUGUGAUAGGUGUAAUAGACCAAAUCAUUUUUCAAAAAUGUGUAACAGUUCCGAGUCAAGACCUAAUAAAUGGCCUAAUGCACCCAGAAAAAAUAAGUUUGCUGAUAACAAACACUCUGUUAACAUUGUUGACGAAACUGACAGUAGUUCAGAAUCUUUGUACAAAAUUGAGAGCCUUAAUUUAGCUAGUAAAUCUAAUUCAGCUUCGGACAAGAAACAAUGGGUAACUAACCUAACUUUCAGUACAAGGCCUAGGCCUACUCUCGAUCAUGACCAGGUUUUUUGUGACUUUGAGUGUCAGCUUGACACGGGUGCUUCGUGUAAUGUUAUGCAUAAAUCUGACUUUGAUAAAAUCGCUCGUAAAGCAAUUAAUUUCAGAAUUCAGCAAGCCUAG